UACGCAAGAGACUGCAUGCCCCCGUCCUUUGCAAGUAUUCUGCCUGUGCCGCUCGUGCACAGAGAAGCCCGGAAACCGCAACAUCGUACCAUCGCUAUGAACUGAGGUCAACAACAAUCUUCGAGCUACGUACAGCCUUCGAGCAACGAGGCAUUAGCGGCGAAGUCUCAAGCGUUGACCUCGUGGCGAGCGGCACGUGGGUUGCGUUUGUACAUACAACGGUCACGUUUCAAGGCGAUGCCGUUUUCUACUCAACAGAGGAGAGGAGAGGGAAUAGCGGACUCCCGUCGGGGCGUAUGCGCAGGCGCACCUGGGGCCGCUGGAGGCACCUCAAGGGAUAUGAAGGUCUCGCUGCCGUCGUACACCUUCACAGAAGACAGCUUUGUGCCGCUGCACUUCCAUACAUAACAAGACCGGGCUCAGUUUCUUACGACGCCCUGAACUUUCACCAGCUGCCAGAUCUCGACGAAUUGUUCGAGGGAUACGACAAACGGGCUUGGCCCACAUACGGCACAGGGGAGCCCACAAAAGUCUUAGUGGACAUGCGUGUCAACACCCUAGGACCGAUGAAUGCGGAGGACAUGGAUUACGAGAUGGAUAUAUUCUUCCGACAAGCCUGGCGGGACCCGAGGAUAUCGCUUCGGCGCUUCGGCCACAUCGAUAACCUGACGGUGAACGGCGCCGCUCUACUGGGACGCAUGUGGAAACCCGACCUAUACUUCGUGAAUGCCAAGGAAGUGCGCACCCACACCGUCACCAUGCCCAACCAGCUGCUCAGGCUGUCGCCAGAUGGGGACGUGCUCGUCAGCAUCAGGUUGAGCUUGAGGCUUUCCUGCUUGAUGUUUUUCUACUACUUUCCAUUCGACAAGCAGAGGUGCUUCGCCCAGCUUCGUCCGUAUAUCAACACACUGAGCCAAGUAGAGUUCAUUUGGCGAGAAGGCCAUCCUGUACAUCUGGUGGGGCCGAUCCACAUGCAGGAUUUCAACCUCGAAGAGAUGUCGCACGAGAAUUACACCAUCGAACUUGAAAAAGGUUCCUUUUCGUGCCUCCAGGUAACCUUCCUACUAGAAAGGCAGCAGGGUUUCCACAUGAUCCAGACUUACCUGCCCAUCUACAUACUGGUGUUUGUGUCUUGGCUUUCCGCGUGGAUGAGGCCAGACGUUAUUCCACCCAGGGCCAUCAUCGGAGUGAACACGCUACUCACCAUGGCCAGCAUCUACUUGUCCCUCAGCACACACCUGCCCAACGUGGCCUACAACAAAGCCGUCGACGUCUGGUUGGUCGCGUGUAUCCUGCUCAUAAUAGGAGCCCUGAUUGAGUUUGGUAUUGCAAACUACCUCUUUCGAAGCAGACUCACUCGUGCCGAGUUCCUACAGGCACUCAGUGUCUUCAAGAAAGACAAGCUGCCUAGGGAUCCAAGCGGCCUUCCCUUGAACCAAAAGAGAGCAUUCACCGUGGAGCGUUACUCGCGGGCCAUGUUCCCGCUGCUGUUCCUAGCACUGAACAUUGUCUAUUGGUCUGUGUACCUCAGCAGGCCACUUGUGGAAGCCGAUACGAUCUGAGUCAAUUGAACUCGUAAUCGGACGCUAAAGAGAACACUAAGUUAGUUUAGAACAAUACAGUAUUCUUUAUGAGCUAUAGUUUCGUUAAUUCCGUGGUCAUGCGCUGUUUAUUGCCAAAGAAAAUUAAGGUCAGCGCUGCAUACUUGAAUUUCGCGCAGAAGCUCCCGCGCUGCUACGCUAGUUUGAUGUCACGGACUUCAAAGUAUAUGUUUCAUAUUUGAGCCAUUGAGGGGAUUGAUAACAAUUCUUGAAACUUGCGAAGUUUAAUCAUUCUUCCUUUCAGAAUACAGUGUAACUCAUCUUAACCAAUACAAUUUUAACCAGCCCUGAGUAAACAGCGUCAGAAUUUGUGACAUCGCGGAAAGCUGGUGCGGCAACUUCAAGGCGUCGUCGUCGCCAGUCUUUUUGUUCAUGCUUCUUUUCUGGUUUAACCGAUUCUCCUACUGCGGUAAGAGCGGCUUUUUUGCUAGUUUGGAAGAUCACUUUACUGAUACAGCUCAAAUUAUUCUUCUUGCGAUAACAAUCAUAUGGACACUCCAGGCACUAUCCUGCCGUCAUUGUCGCCGUCGCCGUGAGGGAACGCGGCGAAUUGCGAUAAGCGUUAGUCCGGGUAAUUAUAGGUUUUACUUUUUGAACGUGGUCUGUGCGGUCCGAGGUUUGAGUGGAGGUAAGGAUACGGGCUUUGAACGAAAAGAAUGUUACUAUGAUAGUGAACAUACAUCUACUACAGAUCGGCUCCUGCGCAUAAAAGUAGGGCGACUGAGUGAUUUUUUCAAGGCGAACACACUUUUAUAGCGAUAGUAUGAAGUCGAGAUGAACCGCACAACUUUAUUUUGG